CUGUAGAAGUAAAAGCUACUCGUGAAGUAGGGAUGCACGUCAGACGCGGACCGUUUUAAAUACCAUACAAUUAGAUAUUAACCUGAAGUUGCGUGUUCGUCGAUGUAAAUAACAGAUGUGUAAAUAUUUAUAGCAACCGGGCUGCACAUGAUAGUUAACUUUUCUUGACAACUAAAUUCGCAAAUCCUUUGACAUUCAUUACACGUGUGUAAAAUGAUCUUUAUCAGUGAUGUUUACAAAAAAAAGAAUGUAACCUUAAGGUCUAGUUUCUGUUUUUGGUGUUUUUGUUGACGGAGGCGUGGCAUGACGUCAGCAGCCGUUACUGACAGGAGGAAGUCCCUCCCAAAUUUGGUCAUCUUUAUCACACCUUCCUGCGCUCAUGCGGCCGUUCGUAAUGACGGCGUUAUUGGUGCGCGCGCGAGGUCAACUAACCGCGUUUCGCAGUUUCCAGCAGAGUGCAAAGUGGCGGAAUAUCACGGAAAUACCCCUGAGGUUGUCCAGCACUAAAGCCGCCCCGAGCUGCAGAAGAAUGGAUUAUCAGGAUGCCAUUUGCACACUGAACACACUACAGACCAAUGCGAGUGCACUGGAGCAGGUGCGCAGGGAGCGAGCUCACCCACAAGUCCAGCUGCAGGCCAUGAGAAGCUUCUUGCAGCGUUCAGGCCUCGCGGUGGAGGAACUUGAUCAUCUUAACGUCAUACAUGUAACUGGAACAAAGGGAAAGGGUUCAACAUGUGCCUUCACAGAGAAAAUUCUGAGGAGCUAUGGCUUCCGCACUGGAUUUUACAGCUCACCACACCUAGUACAGGUCAGGGAGAGGAUCCGUGUGAAUGGCUGCCCCAUUGGAAGAGACCUUUUCACCAAAUACUUUUGGCAAGUGUACAGCCGGCUGGAGGAAACUAAGGAUGCACACAGUGGCAGUAUGCCAGCAUAUUUCCGCUUUCUGACUAUCCUUGCCUUCCACGUGUUUCUGCAGGAGAAGGUGGACGUAGCAAUCAUUGAGGUGGGAAUAGGUGGUGCCUAUGACUGCACUAACAUAAUUAGGAGGCCAUGGGUGUGUGGCAUUUCCUCACUGGGCAUUGACCACACCAGCAUUCUUGGGGAUACAAUUGAGAAGAUUGCCUGGCAGAAGGGAGGAAUUUUUAAGCCUGGGGUUCCAGCCUUCAUUGUGAAACAACCAGAGGGACCAACGGCAGUCCUUCAGGAGAGAGCAGAAGAGAUUGGGUGCCCAUUGUUUUUGUGCCCUGAGCUGGAUCAGUACAAGAGCUCUAUGAAAUUGGGUUUGGCCGGACAGCACCAGUACUCCAACGCCUCACUUGCUUUACAGCUCACACACUGCUGGCUUCAGAGGAGCUGCAACGCAGAUCUAGCAGUUACUUCUGUGUCAGGUUUUACUGGCCUUCGUACGGCUUUCAUUUUUGAACCAAGUCCUCAGAUGCUAAAAGGCCUGGCUGAGACUGAAUGGCUGGGCAGGAAUCAGACCCUGAAGCGUGGCAGUGUCACAUACUUCCUGGAUGGAGCUCACACCACACGCAGCAUGCAGGCAUGUGUUAACUGGUUCAGCGCGGUGGCUGCACAACAUGAGAAAAAUGCUGUGGGUUCAGUGGUACGAGUGCUGCUGUUUAAUGCUACUGGAGAACGAGAUUGCGGUGCUAUGCUCAAGCUGCUUGUGCCGUGUCAAUUUGACUUUGCUGUUUUCUGUCCUAACAUCACUGAAGCCAUUUCUGACUGCAAUGCAGACCAACAGAACUUCAACGUGUCAGUAGAGCACAUGCUUAUGCGUUGCCUGGACAAUCAGCAGAGCUGGCGCAUUCUUAAUGGUAUUGAGGAAGAGGGGCCAGACUCAGAGCUUUUAAUUGGGGGUGGUGUUCAUCUGCCUCGGAGAGACGAGAGACAUGGUGCCUCGCUGGUUUUCCCCUGUAUCUUGAGUGCUCUUCGGUGGAUCACACAGGGACGUGACCCACUUGUAUCCAGUUCCACCAAACACAUCAUGCCCAUCAAAGCUAGUGUCAAUGCUAAAGCAGUGCCACUAAGAGAGGCUGCUAAUGUACAUGUCCUAAUCACGGGUAGCUUGCACCUGGUAGGAGGAGCCCUAAAACACCUGGUACCUGCUCUGUCAUCCUAACACAGUAUUUUGUUGUGUAUGUGACCGGGUAUAGUGUGUCCAAUUUAUUUUUGCACACUCAUUGUAUAUGAAAAUUGGUGCAGCUGAAUUAAUCUUAAUUUAAUCUUGAGAAAUUUCUGAAUAUUGCUGCUAUUUACAGAGCAGGAGACUAAAGCACUUACCGUUUUCAUCAACUGUGCCUUCCUUCUGUAGGGAAAGUUCACAAAGCCUAUUUAAACACAGUUUAACCCUAGUCUUACACCCCUAUCAGUUGUCUUAAAUAUUAGUCUUUUACUGUGGAACUGAGAUUAAUAUGUUCAGGAUACCCAGAUGCUGGGAUCAUGUAUAUUAACACUGAAUAUAAUGAAAGGAAUGCAGCCAAAACUGCAUACUUGAUGCUGUCAAAUGUGCAAUAUUCCUUGUUUGUGCAUUAUUUUCAUAUACUGCACUGUGCACUGUUUUGAUAUACUGUUUGGUUUGUGAUGUGAUGGACAUGAUUUAAAUGAUUGGAUUAGAUGAUGGCCAGCCAAAUCCAAACUAACUUCUCUUUGGUGCAUUUGCUCUAAUUAAGUAUUGUCUUGGACUUGAGUUAGAAUUCCUUGGGUUACACACAAUUAUGUAACAAACUGUGAAUGUACUUGGUUGCCAUUUAAUGAGUACAUACAAUGCCCUCCAAAAUAUGCAUAAGUAAAAAAUUUUAGAUAAUGUAAACAUUAAAGAAGAUUCCAAUUUUCCUUACAAAACCAUCUGAGAAACUUGAGCUUUUUUUGUAUAAGAAAACAUAAUGUUCUAGAAUUAUUUUUAAGAAUACCGUUUUUGUAACGGUAUUCUUAAAAAUAGUUUGCCUCAAUUCCUCAAAAUAUUUGGAAUAUAUGCUGUUUUGGCCUCCAUUUAAAAAAAAAAAAAAAACUUUUUAUUUUUUUAUUUGCUCUCAAAUUAAAUGAUUGAUCUUUAUCAAGGUCUUUGUUCCCUGGGGUAAAAUUAGCUGAAGUGAAUGUGAUGUGACAUACGGCUAAGUAUGGUGACCCAUACUCCGAAUUCGUUCUCCGCAUUUAACCCAUCCAAAGUGUGAACACGCACACCGUAAACACACCCGGAGCAGUGGGCAGCCAUUUAUACUGCAGCGCCCGGGGAGCAGUUGGGGGGGUUCGGUGCCUGUCUCAAGGCGAAUCCUUACGAGUCAGACUCUCUAACCAUUAGGCCACGACCUCCCCCAAAUGGUGGGUUUUACACUUACCUUGGGGAGACAAAACAUGAGAACAGAUUUGUUGAUCUUGUAAUGGAUAUUAAAAAUAAAUCUAAAAAUGUAAUUAAACUAAACUACAACAGUUCUGCAUAUGCAAGAACCUGGUAACUACCAAAAGAGGUCCAAGAAAGCACAUCCAGUGAUGGUGUUAUUGAGGCCCAAGCAACAUGCAAUAGAUGGACAUGUUCGCAACAAACCUGACUAUGGAGCAAUGGAAGAAGGUGGAUAGCCAGGUUUGUGAGAGUCAGCUGUGGAAGUGAAGGUAUCAGAAUGUGCUAUGGGAAGAAAGCAAGCUGGCAGAAUUGGUGAGAUGCUCUGGCCGAUGUUCUGCUGGGAAACCUUAGUCUUGGCAUUAAUGUGGAAGUUACUUGAGCAUGUACCACCAACCUUACCAUGGUUUCAGACCAAAUACAUGAGUUUUUCAUGGCAGUCGUAUUCCUAGAUGGCAGUGUCCUCUUUCAGCAGGAUAAUGCUCCCUGCCAUAAUUCAAAAACUGUUCUGGAUUACUUUUAGGAACAACAUGGAAUGUCUGUCUAUCACAGGUUAUCUUCAGAAGUCUUGCCCCAUUAGGCCUGUGGUUUAAUGUUAUGGCUUAUAUAUAUUUGUCUGUGUGCUCUACUUGCUGUAUCUCAUAAAAAUGUGUUUUGCAAA